AUGUCGGCUUCAGAAUUCGAGAACAAGGAGAUCACGCCCUUCUCCGUUGUGAAUCCCAACAAGAGCAACUGGGCGACUACGGCCAAGAAUGUCCUGCCCUCGAAUUUCUCGAGCGCCAACGUUACUCCUGGCAAUGUCCCGGGCCAGAUAAACUACGAAUCCCUGCGAAAGAGCGGCGGCAUCCAGGAGGGCGCCAUGCUCACACUCACGUCUGCGAUCGGGACCCAAGUUGGCGUCCACGUAUAUGAGCCCAGCCCAGAGGCUGCGAUUGACGUCGUUGUCGUCUUCUUCCACGGAAACGUCCGACCAACCCGAUAUAACCCUGAUAUCAUCACGCCGUUUUUGAAGUGCGGGGCUACUGUCGUCGGUCGAGAUCUUCCCGGGUACGAUCAGAGCUCCUUUGUACCCAACACCCCAGGCUCAGUGGAGCUUGCAGCUAUCGCAAACGACGAAGUCGUUAUGAAGUGGGUGCUAGAGAAGUAUCCAACCUCCCGUAUUGUCCUCUGUGGCCGUUCGAUCGGGACCUUGGCCUGGAGUCGCCAUCUCUCCAACCCAAGAGUUGUUGGCGCGAUUGGGAUCGUGCCGCUUAAAAGCAUGGCAUCCCUGAUCCGUCCCCAAAUUGAGAGCAAGACCCCAGGACUUGUGUCCAAGUCGCUGGAAACCUUUUCGGUCAUCGGAUGCUUCGAAUCUGUCUUCGAUGCGAUCUACCCUGCCAACUGCCAUCCGGAAAAUCUGGAGGGCCUCACAACUACAGGGCUCCGGAUCGCCAAGUUUGAAUCUGGAGUUGGCGGGAAACGUGUGACCCUCUUUCCAGCCAGCAAGGACUUGCUUGUCCCGAGGGAUGCGGCAACUGAAAUCAAGACGAUGCUGGAAGCGUCCAACGUGGAUGUGAAGAUGCAUACACUGGAAGGGGGCCACAGCGCUUUGCCUACCGCAGAGCAGCUUCAAGAAGCCUUUGAGAGCAUCCUUGUGUAG